AUGAAUCAAACCAAUUUUGUGUUGGAAUCGGCAACAUGGCUUGAUUUACACCAACGAAAACCCAAUUGGUCGAAAACAGUUUCGGUUCAUCCACUCUUUACUCAAUCUCGUCCCGACACCCCAAUCCCACCAUACUCAUUCUCUCAAAAAAUUGAGUGGGGAGAUAACUGUCCUAGUCUUAUUAUGUUUGAGUAUGUUCUUGAAGAUCCAGUCCUCAUUUUAAACUCAACAUCUCACAUUAUUGCCACUUCGCUCUUUGGAGAGAUUUUGCAGAACGAGAAAGUCGUGAUUCCUGUCACUCAACACAAUCUAAAAACUACUGACUUUCUCAUUGUUAAAAAUCAACAAACUGUCACAAUCACAGAACCCUGUCGAGUCUAUUCUGCGCACCAAAUCUUUUUCACUCAAAAAACAGACAUCCCAAAUCCACUAUCAGAUUGUGCAAGACACACUCUUGAAUCUUCUGAUUCUGUUGAAAAAAGAAUUUUACAGAACGAAAUUAACAAAAUAGAAAAUUUCGAACUAUUGCAAUUAGAAAAGGAAAAGAAGCAGAAAACGAGAAGCCCCGCGGAACGAAUCAUUGAGGAAUUACAAAACAAAAAGUUGAAAAAUAAUUUUCCAAAUGAAGUUUUUGAAACUGAAGAAAAUGUUCUCAUGCUUCCAUGGAAUCACCUCGAAUUUGAUUGGAUGCUUCUUCACCACAAAAUGGUUCCGUUUGUCACCACUCGUUUCUCCAUUGACGGGAGAUUGAGAUAUUUCAUUGACCAUGUUAACUAUCGUUUUGCGAAGCGCAAGAAGGAGAAGUGGAUGAAACUUGACGAUAUAAAACGCGAGUUAAACAAGAGGGGAAUUGACGAUUGGAGAUGUGAUUUAAAUCACGACGGGGCGUUGGAAGUGUUGAGGAAUUUGAAAAGAAGAGACAACUUGAGUGAACGAGAUUUGAGUGCAGAGGAGAUUGAGUUUGUCAGAACGGUCAUAGAUAAACAGAGGGAUUUUGACUUUGCUUAUCUCAGCCAACGUGUUGGCCCCAGAGAAGCUCCGAAGAUAAAGGGGUCUAAAAACGUGAGGAAUUGUAUAUCGGCGAUUGUUGAUGGUAUCACCGGACUCUCUGAUACUGAAAAAGAUGUGGUACGCGAUGCUUUACUUAAAACAAAGAAACGAAUGUUGAAAAGAUUUCAGAAUGAUAUUCCGAUAUUGAUGGAGAAGUGUAUGGAAGGCAGGAAAGACGAACUUACUCGAAGUCUGGUUGACUUAGCAGGAAGAUAUAUGGAAGAGGAGUGA